UAAUAAAGUGGGCUCGCGCUUGCACGUACUAUCGGCAACAGUGUUAACUGCCCAUUGCCAGUCAUGUCAUCUCGUUCUAUCGCAAAGAAUCACCAUUUGAUGAGAGCGAAAGCAAAAACGGAAAUGGAUAGUUAACAGUGUGGCCGUGUGUUAUCUUGUCCCCGAAGUAAGUUCUAAUUAGUUUGGGGUUAGGUAAUAGGAGAGCUAGUUGAAACAGUUUUUAAUCCAACAUACGAGUAAGGUACAAUAAUUUGUGUGUAUUUACAGGUUCAUGAAAGGUUAGCAAGCCAUAAAUAGCCGCGACUUUCUUAUCUUUGAGAAAUGACGUCUUUAGGAGAUGAUAACCACAUUGUAUGCAUAAAAUAUACAAAAAUUACAACUGUCUACUAGACUGUAUUGGUAAACUAAUUUAUCUUACCUUUUCCCUCGGCUAACACAUCACACAAGUAGGUAAAUAACAAUCAACAAAUACCUAACAAGUAGGUAAACGCUUAAGAAAAAUUUAAAGCAAUUUCCGCAAAAAUUCGAUCGCAUGGUCACCUCACACUUGUACGUUAUUCAGAAGCGUGUCCGACAUCCAGCAUUGUGUACGGAACUCCUCGGGGCGUCAGUUGUCACGCGCCCACUCACUUAUCCAAUAAGUGUUGCUUGUUAUGCCCUCGGAAGUCGGCUAGUGAUCAGUGCCAUGAACGUCCUGCUCACCCCGCCGACCUUCAAAGUGUCAAUCGAUCAGAUGCUGCUGCCGUUACGCUCUUACAACUCGAGCGAUGGCUUCGGUCGAGUGGCGGAGCAGCUCAACUUCGCAGCGGCGCCGUCGGAGGACGAAGCGGAGUACCCGCCCGGCGCCUACCUCAAGAAGGGGAAGCAAGACCCGAUGUCUCACCGAAUAAUCGAGAAGCGUCGUCGGGACCGAAUGAACAACUGCCUGGCCGACCUUUCGCGCCUCAUCCCUCCCGAGUACCUCAAGAAAGGCCGCGGGAGGGUCGAGAAGACCGAGAUCAUCGAGAUGGCCAUCAGGCACCUCAAGUACCUCCAGGACAAAGCCAAUGCGGCCGAGCAGCAAGCGGCGGAGGAGCACUUCAGGGCCGGCUACCAGGAGGCGGCUGCCGAAGCCGUGAGGUUCCUCGUGGAAGGCCACGGGUACGGCGCGGCUGACGGCCUGUGCGGCCAGCUGUCGUCGCAUCUGCAGAGGCAUUGCGACGCUGUUACCAAAGGCGAGUCCAUCCCCCGGGAGAAACUACGCUCGCACGCGGGCUCGUCAUCAGAAACAGCCAGUUCCUCCAGCAGCUCGCACGGGUACGGCGUGAAGGCGGGCGUGAUCCAGGCGCCGCCCGCGCCGCCGCCAUACUCUGCUGACUACGAGCCCGAGAGGCCGCAGGAGCACACCUACCCCAUGGACUGCGACAGAGUGCCCGCCACCCCGAUGUCGCUGACCAACGGCUCGGGCGAGGCGCCGGCGCAGGAGCCCAUCGACGCGCGACGCAAGCGCGAGCCGACGCUGCGGACGGUGCGCCGCGAGCACGCCGACGACUACCUACACUCGUAUAAGUUCAAGAACUCCAUCGAGAGGCGGUUCUCCAGGUCGCAGGACUCAGAGCUCUUAUUCCCUCAGGCCGAGCAAGCCCGCACCGGCGCGGCGCCGCACAAGGCGUACAACAAGCGGCGCCGCGCCGCCAAGCCGCCGCCCGCGCCCAGCACCUCCACCUCCAACUCGGGCUCCACCGAGGAAGCCAGGGACACCUCGCCGCAGGACACGUCGAGCGAGUCGCCGCACCACCACAACCACUACGAGAAGCCGCUGCCGCCCGCGCAGUAUGUGCCGGUGUUUGCGCUCAACGCACUCGGCAAGUACUACGUCCCCCUAAGCGUAGAAUACGCGUGCCUAGCGCGGCAACUCGGCCCGUAUGACGUGCUCGACGCGCGCGCCGCCGCUCUGGCCGCGCCGCUUCACCCCGUCACUAUCCACGUCAACUUCCAGCCCUGCCUCAACUACCAUGUAAAGCGGGAGCCCACCGAGCGUGAUUGGCGCCCGUGACUGGCCAACGGUGCUGAAUACACGCACUGGCCUCUAUGAAGUCCACUGAACUCUUUACAGCGGUGUAGCAUGCACUCUGGCCAAUGGCAACCUCAAUGGACAGAUUUGGUCAGCUGAUAAUCUUUCAGCUAACGUGUCGAGCGGUAGCCCGCCGAUGAUUGGCGCCCGUGACUGCUUCCAACUGAUGCUGUAUACACGCACUGGCCUCUAUGAAGUCCACUGAACUCUUUACAGCGGUGUAGGAUGCACUCUGGCCAAUGGCAAUCGAAUCUAUCCACGGUCAGCUGAUAAUCUCUCAACUAACGUGUCGAGUGGUAACGAAGUUCGAGACCGAAGUGAUGCUGAAAUACACACACUGAUGGCCUCUAUGAAAGCAGCUGAACUUUUUACAACGGUCUUCUACCAGAAGAGCGCUUAGGCGCUCUGGCCAAUUGGCGUCAAGUACCUAACUCACACAUCACCACACAGGCUUUUGCCACUGACCUUAAUGUGCGCAACUGAACUCUUCAACACAGUGGUCGACUGAAAGACAAGACGUUUGCGGGGCAACCUGCAGCGAGGCCAGUCGCGACAAUCUCAAAAUUACAGCCGCAAAACCUGGCCUUUAUAAAACAUGUCUCUGACCACUAAUGGGUCAAUUGAGUGUCGAUUUGUGUGUAGGCUCGACGAUGAUAAAGUCUAGUGUAUUUCAACGAGUGAAAAAACCCGUGCGUAAACUCUUUUGAACCAAAUACCUCCAUGUCCGGUGUCGUGUCGCGUUGUCCCAAAACUUCGUGUUCCAAUGCCAGUAACAUUUUGACAGCUCUUUUUCCCUCCAAAUGACUGUGGAUGACGCAGCGCGUACUUUGAAACUUUAUUUUUAUGAUGCGGUCACCAAACUUUAAAGUGCCCCAAGCAAGAUCUUUCGCCUUGAAGCAAGUAAAAGUGAAGAAAAUUGUGACCAUUACAGGACUUUAAUUAUAAUUAAUUGUUGUAGUAUCGCUUUGAUGGUAAUUUCAUUUCAUAAUUUUUAAAUUGUCAUAAUAAUAAUUAUGCUGAAAAGUUAAAAUAUCAGAUAGUACUUAUUGGCUACUCUAAAUAAAUCAAUUGGAUUUUAUCAUUAUCUUGUUAAAUUAAAUGUAUUAUUACAUUUGGUUUAGAUUUUAGGCAAAAGGGCUACUUACACAAAGCUCAAUCUUUUUGGAUUACUUUAGUGUUUUCUUUUUAGUACCUACCUACCUAAAAUUAGAAGUCAUAAACAUUUACUAAUUUAUAUGCAGUUAUGCUUUAUAUUUUUAAGAAAUCCAAAUUAAACGAAUAGUAAAAGGCGAAGUAUGUGCCAUUUUACUAAUUUAAUUUAUUAAGAGCAUCGGAGUCACUUAUAAUAUUUAGAUUUGACUAACAGCUGUAUCCAAGGUGUCAUUUUCCUUUGGGAUUCUAUUUAUACGGAACUCCAAAAAGACUGAGUUUUUUUUUAAACUAACUACAUACCGGAGUUGGCGAUUAUUUUUAAGUGAGAUAAGUAAGAUUGUAAAUAGUCAUUUAAUAAACAUUGGCGAGGUUGUGGCUUGCAAGUUGAUAUGUUGUGUUGUAUACUGUCAAGAAAUAUACGGUAGCCCCAACUUUUCAAUGUGAAG